AUGUUGCGAUCUGCACUGCGCAUUCAGCUCCGCGUGUCCCAUGUGACAUGCUCGCGCAGCCUUGUCUCCACUGUCCUCCUGACGAAAACCUGGGAAGACAUGACCGUCACCGACCUCAAGAACGAGGCCAGAAAGCGCGGUCUGCAGCCGAACGCAAAAAGGGCCACUUUAAUCAACCGCUUACGAGAGGAUGAUGAAAAGAGAGCCAUGUCUCUCGCACGUCCCGUCUUCCCGCAAGUCCCCCAGCCCGUGCGUCACGCGUCUACCGAGGUGCCUGGCGUACCAUCCACCUCGGAACCUCUUCCGUCGAAGACGUUCCCGAAGGAAUUUAUGGAUGUAAAGCUCCCUGACCUCUCACAGCCCGCGCCAGAACCACCUAUCCAAAUUCCCUUCCUGCCAGAUAUGUGGGACUCCUCCCGCAUCAAGGCCGAAUCUGCACCCAAGGAGCCAACGGUCGACAUGUCUGCUCCAAAGAUGGUAGCAGUCGCUGGCUCGGCGACCCACAUUGGCGGUGGACCGACUUAUAGCCUCUCGAAUGCGGAGUCCGAGCAGGAGACUCCGAAACCAUCGGUAAAUGCAGGCCCUUCUGGGAUCUGGGGAGACAUUGCCGAGGACUUUUACCUUCCUACGCUACUGAAGCCACUAAGCAGUGCAAAAGAGGCGACGUUCGACAUCGCUGAGCUCACGGAAACGUCGGGAGCUCAGCAGAAAAAUUAUUCGCGGGCAUUGGGCAAGGACGAAGUGAAGGGAGUGUGGGCGCUGUUGGGCCUUUUGGCUGGGUCUUGGAUCAUCGCUGGCUUCUUUGCCCCAUCAUCCGUAUUUGCUGAGCAUGUCACAGAGGCAGUAGAGGAGGAUGCUGCAGGACACUGA